GUGAAAACAGGAAGUGAUCUCUAUUCUGUAGGCUACUUCAACUUCUGCCAGCAGCCAUUGCCUUAGCCAUAACUAAAAACGCAGAGUUAGCUCUUCUUCCUAUGAGUAACCAAAACAGGAAAGAGACGUUUGAAACGCAGGUGGUGCACUCAUCAAAAAUCUCCACUCUCGUAUGUCAAAGAGAAAUAUUAAGACCACCAACCUGCUCUUCUCCUCUUGGGCUGUAGUCUCACUGAUGGUAGGCAUCUUUAUGAAAGAAUGGGUUGAAUUAGUCCCGAAAAUAAAAAAGGACAAGGUCAGCCACAGUCCAUGGAUGACAUGUUGCAGUACCAUUUGGCCAGAAGACAGCCUGAGAGUCAUAAGGAUCAUGAUGAUGUUGGUCCUCUGCCUUUCCUUCUUCCUUAACUUAAUCCUGGGGAUGCAAUACACCUACCUGAUUCCUCAGAACAGAUAUAUACACCUCAGCAUUGCCUUCAUCUGUUUCUUCACAGGUUGCCUUCUGCUGGGUACAUUAGCACUAUAUCAUCACAAGCUAAAACAAGGUCAGUCCUUGUACUUCUCUAGUUUCAAGAUCACGUGGGUUCCUUUCACUGCCUAUAUAACAGCUGUCUUCUUUACUACCUGUGGUUUUCUCUGUCUGCUACAGUGCAAGCAUAGGUGUACCUGCCAGAAAAUCCAUUCAUCUGCUGAACUCCCUAGGGAUUCAAUCCAAGUUACUUCACUUCCAGAGAGCACCGCAAUGCCACGGAGCAUUAUCCAUAAACCCUCCAUGCCUUCAAAGGAAAAUUGCAUGGACAAAGAACAUCUCCAAAAGCGUCGCGUGACCUGGGCUCUGUGACAGGACCUUCCAUGCCUGCCCAUUUUUAUGGACAGUUUUAUGGGCAUGCACCUCGCUAUGCAUCUCCAGUCACUUGGUCUAGGUUUGGCAUUAAGGAAAUGACUGUGAGUGGGCUGGAGUCUGUAAAUACUUACAGAA